ACAGCUGUUGUCGAGGCGAGACUCUGCGUGUCCCUUUCUCUCUCUUGUAAAAAAUGACAAAAUUAACAUUACUCCAAUUGGUUCUCUCUCUUGUAACGCUGGUGUUACAGUUUACCAGAAUACAAGGAGGGGCUCUGCAGUUAGACAAUAGCAACUUUGACAGUAUUAUAGGUGGUAAUGAGCUGGUGUUCAUCAACUUCUAUGCAGAUUGGUGUCGCUUCAGUAACAUUCUAGCACCUACUUGGGAUGAGGCUGCUGAUAAAGUUCGAGAAGCAUUCCCAGAUGAUGGACGGGUUGUCAUCGGCAAAGUUGACUGUGAUGCAGAGUCAAGCAUUGCCUCGCGUUUCCACAUCACCAAGUAUCCUACUCUGAAACUUCUCCGGAAUGGUCAGACUUCAAAACGGGAAUACCGAGGGCAGAGAUCUGCAGAUGCUUUUGCCACCUUCAUAAAAGAACAGCUGAAGGACCCCAUAAAAAUAAUGGAAGAACUAAAUGAGAUCCAGAAUAUAGAGGAGACCAAGAGAACUGUGGUUGGGUACUUCGAGCGCCAGGAUGUGCCCGAGUACGAGGUGUUCAAGAAGGUGGCACUCAACCUCAAAGAUGAUUGUCAGUUCCUUGCAGGAUUUGGAGAUGUAGUGCGCAGCAUGCAUCCACCUGGGGAAAGUAUCAUUGCUUUUAAGGCUUCUAUAACUAUGGAAGAUGAUGCCUUCAUUGGUUCUCUCAUGUCCUAUGAUGAGGUCUCUAUUUGGGCCACCGAGCGAUGCAUUCCACUUGUGCGUGAGAUCACAUUCCAGAAUGCAGAAGAGUUAACUGAAGAGGGGCUGCCUUUCCUGAUUCUCUUCCAUGCUCCAGAUGAUACAGAUAGCAUCAAGAAAUACACAGCACUUGUACAAGGAGAACUUGCUGAUGAAAAACAAAAUGUCAACUUCCUGACUGCAGAUGGUGUGCAGUUCGCUCAUCCUCUUCAUCACCUGGGCAAGUCAAAAAAGGAUUUGCCACUCAUUGCUAUUGACUCCUUCAGACACAUGUAUCUCUUCCCUGAUUACAAUGAGGCUUAUAUUCUGGGGAAAAUGAAGAGUUUUUUGGCUGAUCUGUAUAGUGGAAAGCUUCAUCGUGAGUUCCAUUAUGGCCCUGAUCAAGAAACUACUGAGGAAACUGCGCAGAUUGCAGACAAUUCAGACACUACGAAUCCAAAUGUGAAGAAGGAAAAACCGACCAAUCCACCUGAGUCUUCGUUCAAGAAGUUGGCACCGUCUAAGAACAGAUACACACUGCUUGACAGAGACGAGCUCUAGGAGAAUAAUGUCAAGAGGGUUUCAGUCUUACUGAAGUGCAAUCUACUCUAACCAUUAGGAUUUAGGCCUAUUAGAAUUGGGGUCCAUCGGAUCUCGAGCUUUUUAGGAACUUGGCCCAAAUCCUAAUGAUCAAUUCAGACUAGGUUGGGAGCCAGUGGUAGUGAGGCUCAAGUGACCAGUGACUCCCGUGUCAUGAGGGCUUUAAUUGGCUGUGUCUGAGUUAUGGAAGGUGGUUAUAGCUAAAUAAUUAAUAUCUUUUUGUUUUUAUUCUUUGGAGAUUUUAUUUAGAAAUAAAAAUGGUUAUUCUUAAGUUAUAGAAGCGGUCAUUCCUUUUCAUUUUUCAUUUGCUCGGGAAGUACCGUACAGUAAAAUGGUUUUAGUAAGUUUUCAAAAGACGUUUUAGGUUCUUGUGAAUCCCUUUUAUUUUUAUUUUUUUCCUUCUGGCACACACUGCUGACAAUCUCAUAAGAAAUAUGACUCUUGUAUAUGUUCAUUAUGGUGUGUUGUUUUACACUCAAGAUAGUCACUUGUUCAGAACCUUGUCCAGACUUUGUGGAUGCCAUAUGUGUGUAUGUGGAACAUCUGGAUAUUACUGUGUCCCUUGGAGGGAAUGGCGUAUUAUCGAUAUAUAAAUUGUAAUACUAUCAUUGAAAAUUAUACAUAUAAUGGUGAUUGCCCAGGACAAGAAAUAUGAUAGUAUUAAUGAAUACCCAUGUACUGUAUGGUAACUUAAAAUUCAUGACCUGUUUGUAUGAAUAGAUUUAUUACAAAUGACUUAGACUGGUUUCGUAAACCAUUUCUCCGGAAAAGGUUGAAGUACUAUAUUUGUUUAUACCAGUAACAGCUCUCAAGACUUUAAACAUGGUACAGUACAGUAGAGAUAAUGUAGAAAAACAAAAUCCUGUGCAAGCAUUAGUGUUGCUCUUAGUAACCAUGUUCUUUAUUUGUAUAGUUGAGUUAUGUACCUUUAUUGACAAGUAUCUAGAACACAUAUAAAAGAAUGUACCUACAGUUGCCUGCACUUAUACCUGCUACAGUGUCUGGCGCAUUUUGUGAGAUGUGGCAACUCUGUAGAAUGCUUAUCUAGCAUCCUUAGUCUGGCUACUAUUGUGAGGUUCCUUAGGGCCAUUCUGGGAGUUUUAAUACAAUGUAAACAGACAGUUGCUGCAUCCCACAAAACGUGCCAGUCAUUUUACCAGGUAUAAGUGCAGGCGGCUGUACAUAUAUCCAUAGUUAUGACUCAUAUGUUGGUAGCAUUCCAAGUUAGCAGUUUGAAAAAAUCUGGAAAAUAUCUAGUAAUUUUUUAAAUUCUAUUCAAUGUUAAAUUUUGCACUUAGUCGCGAAAUAUUACACGGAAUAUUGUCAUAAGAUAAUGUGUUGAUUAUAAAUGCAGUAGAAUUGUAAUGAAAUACUAUAGUGAUUGGAUACAAAAUGAGGAUGGUAACCUGGUAAAAGCCUUCACCUGGUCAUGAUAUGUAAUAAUGAUCAUAAAGAAGCUACAGGAAUGAUUGUGCAGUACUGUAUAUCCAUAAAUAAGCUCGGUCAUGUGGGCAAGAAGAGUCAUUAGUGUUGUGGGUGCUGGAGACACUACUUGACAUCAUAAGCUUUACCUCCUGUUCAUAUAAACUCACCUAAGGAUUUUGAAAUUUGUUGGAGAAAGAAAUAUUUUUUUUAUUAUUUAAUGUUAUAAAAUAGUUGUAGAACACUUAAGUUUUUGUUGUAAGAAUGUGUAUAUACAGUAUAUAUAUAUUACUCUGAUUGCGUGUAUAUAUAUAUACAUAUAUAUAUAUAUAUAUAUAUAUAUGUGUGAAGAUCUUCAUGAACAUUUGAAGUAGAAAUUAUGGUACAGCCUUUCUUGAUUACAUGUACUGUAUGUGCUUCCAGCUGAUUUUAAUGAUUCAAGUUUUCUGGAAAGAAUAUUGAUAACUAGACCUUAAUUUGGUAUGAAAGUAAAUUGAACACACACACACACACGCAUGCACAUAUAUACACAUACAUUUUAAUGCAAAUUGUAAGGUACAUUUGAGGAUCAGGAAUCUGAAAAUCUAUUUUUCAAAGCGUUUUCAAUUAAAAAUGCUCUCUAAAUUUCAUCAGGUGACCUAGCCUAGGUGGGAUCAACUGAUGAGGUGUUGUGUCCUCUGCAUUACUCUUUUGUCACUCAGUAUUGUGGGUGCUGACCAGGUAUACUGCCCCUAAGAUGUCUCAAAACAAAUGAAAAAGUUAUGAUACUGAGUGGCGUAGUGCAAAAAGCAAACAUGAUGUGUUUAAAAUCAAAGAAAAGGUGAAAAUUCUUCUAAAACUCGUUAAGGAAACUGCCUGACAAAUUACCUAAAUUAUAUGCUAAUAGCAAAUCAGUUAAGGCCAUGUGAAAAGAAAAAAAAACGGUGUAGCCAAAGUAUCCAGCAUGGAUAAACAUCAUCUUGAUAUCAUUAUUGAAACAGCAGGAGCCACCGAGUUCAUUUUAGCUCUUUGAUGCUCCAGUUACGUACAGAUACGCUAGCUGACUCCAACCUCCUCUAUAUCUUAUCUAUUCAUUUUUCAACAUUUCAGCUUUUAAGUUAAUUAGCAUACAGUAUCUGAAUAAAGACACAGAACAUACUGCAGAAUAAUACUGUACUGUUGUAUUUUGUUUUCCAUAUACGUACUGUACAACUUCAGUAUAAAUAAGGAAAAUUUGGGUUACGUGCAUGCUUGGGUAGACUGGCUGUGUGUGUGGCUGCUCUCUGGGUGAGUGUAGUAACAGUACUUUUUGAGUAUUAAGAGAGGGAAUGCUAAAAAUUGAGUGAAGAAAAAACUUGUGAAAUUACAAAACCAGUGAUGAAAUAUGAGGUUGAUAACAUGCAGCUGGCAGUCCUACUACUGUACUGUACUGUACUGACUACAGCAUUGUAUUAUGGAACAUUCAGUAAAAAUUUCAGUGACAUUUUUUGUUAGUAAUUUAGUGAAGUAUGUACUUCUCCAUCUUUAUGUAAAUACAGUUUAUUGUAUUGUCAUUUGUUGUAACCGAUCGUGGGCCACAUUUUGUUAAAAUAAUAUUUUUUUUUAUUAGAUAUACAGUAGAGUAUACGUACAAUACUGUACUGUAUAUGUACUUCUAGAGUAACAAACUUCCAUUAUUUACCUCUUGGUCUCGUGCAUUUUGGAUUCCUGAUACUCAAGUGUAUUGCGAUAUUUUAUUCAUUAUUUUCAAUAACAGUAAUUUGAGUAACCAAUAUUUUGUAUAGGCCUAUGUUGUUUCAGGUAAAAGAAAACUUUUUGAAAAUCUAUUCCUCAUUAUUGUUAAACUGUACAUUGAUUAUUCCCAUAAGUAUUUAUCUCUUAGAUAAUACUGUAAUUGAAGGGCUUCUUGGUCAUACAGUAGUUUGAAACAAGUCUAGUAUAUUGUGUACUUAAAUUAUAUUAUUGAAAGUUUUUCAUCUGAAAUUCAGUUUUACACACAUUAUAAACUUGUAUACAGUAUUAUAUUUUUUAAUAUUUUUCUUAUACUUGAAGAGGAAUUUUACUUUUGUAUUUUGAGGAACACUUUUGGUUAAGGAAAUGACUAAAUGUUCUCAACUAUUCAUUUGAUAAUACUGUAUAUUCAAUACAAAUUCAGGGUAGAGGGUAGACUUUACUACUAAGUUGGUUUCAGUUAAUUUAUCAGACAUUGAUUAUUCCAUGAUAUGCUUAGACUUACAUCUGCAUUUAAUGAGUAAAUUAAUUGGCUGUUACACAAUCAAGUUCAAAGGUUCUAACAUGCAAGUAGUUCAUAUUUCGGAUAAGAACUGGGAGGAAAAGGAUUUAAAUAUUUUUUUAAUAUCUGUAGUCUCAAGUCGGACCAUUCUAUAUGUGAACAGGUUCAUUCAUUCACUUUUAUUUGCAGCGCAUUAGAUUAUCUCUUGUUGGUACUUGGCUACACAUGCUGCAGCAACAUAUGGCGAGAUAAAUUUUAUAUCCCGUAAGAUGGGACUUGUAGCUAUAUUUUGAUGAUGACAGGGACUCAGAUAUUAAUUUUCUAAACAUGGAUUUCAGACGGUGAUGAAUGACCUUAAUAAAACUACAGUCAAGGUUUGAGGCACUGUUUUGCUUCUACACAGUGCUUGAAUUAAUGCAAACUUUUGGACUUGACUUCAGUUUUGCUUUUGCAUUUGUGAGUAGCUUGAGGUUCUUUAAGAGUGGGUGCACCGAGGAAGUGAGCGAGUGUGAGAAUGAUGGGUGCACUAUUUCAGAUUUUAUCAACCUUUGCAUCAUCCUUCACCUGCUCUGAAUAAUACAGUAAUUUACACGAGUCAAAGAGUAUUUGUUUGCUAGACAUUGUAUAUAUAUAUAAAAAUCUAUGUGCAGUUGUAGGAGUAACAGUUUACUUAAUCUAUUUACACGUGCUCACUUCCCAAGGAUUUAUAUCGAUUUAUGCAUAUGUUAUAACAGUACACUCAUACAAGGCCAUAAAAUUUGACUAUACCUUAUUGUAUUAUCUUGUAAAUAAGACUGUUGCUUGUAAGUGUUCCAUUCACUCCACCUUGAUGAACAAUGGGUUAAAAAUUUAUAUUUGAGUCAUGAAUAAUCAAAAUUUAUGAGAUACAGUUUCAUAUGUUAAGAAAUUAUCAAAAACAUGUUAACUGUAAGUAUGUAUACAGUAUAUUACAUUUCUUUUAGUCUUGUGGAACACUGAGGUCUUCAAAAUUUCACUGUAAACUUGAUAUCUUUAAUGGGGUAACUGUAAUACCAAAUUAAUUCUGUCCAAAAAUGUGGAAGCUUCAGAAUUUUUUUUAUUAAAUAAGGUACGGUGUUAGUUUUCUUUAUGUACUGUCUACAGUCAGGAAGAUAUUGUGUUGAAUGGUAUUAACAACUUGAAGGUACCGUUACUGUAUAUUGAUUGGUAUUAACAACUUGUCUAACUUCCUACAGUACUGGUAACCUUUGUCAUCUUAAAGAAUUACUGUACUGUACUGUAUUUACCUAUUGUAUCACCAAAAUUGUAUAUUUUUUUUUUUAGAAGGAUUGAGCAUUUUUGUUGCUUAUUUGUUUCACUUAAGUGAUCUUCAACGGGAAAUUUCUAUUGAGGCUGCAGGCCAAUAUUUAGUGUGUAGUUCAGUAAGGAUUUAAUGCCCCAUCUUGUCUUUUUUCUGCAAAUUCUUAACUGUCAUUACACUGUCAUGGUGCAAUAUGGUAAUUCAUUCACUGUGGUCUAGGUUAGGAAUUGAGUCAUGUACAUAAUGAAAAGGUAUAAAUUUAUGCUUUCUCCAGAAAUCUGAAGAAAAUAUGUAUUUUUUCAAUUGAUAGGCUUGGACCCUUACUGAGCUAAGCCCUGGAUAUAUAAGUGUGAGAUACGAGUUAAUGGAUACCUAAAUAGACUCUCUCAAACUGUCAUGUUGUGUACUGUGAAAAAAUUACAGUAUUGUUUUGAUGUGGUGCUCUUGUUCUCAUUUUGAUAAAUCCUGUCAUGUCAUUUGUGUGCCGCACCAUGUACAAAAUCAUUCCAUGACUCAUUCCUCUGAGCUAAAAGCUUAUGAAUGUGUUCAUCAUGAAAUCCAUUAAAAGUUUGAUAUAUAUAAA